AUGGAAGACUCAUCAGACCAAGCAAAUUGGAAUGAAACUCCACAAUUUCUCAAUGUGCCCUUAGCUAAAGGAAUUAACAAGAGGGAGCUCUUAGAGACUGGCCAUACGGAGUUCACUAUAGACUUUGAUUAUGACAAGAAAAAUUCAAUGUUUGAUUCACCUGAUGAAGAGGACAUGUUCACGGUUUAUGAUGAUGAGGACGAUGAUGAUGGCGAUGUUUUGAAUAGUGUAGAGAAAGAAGCCGAGACUAUGCUCCUGGCCUCGCCGGAGUAUCAAUCAUUUGAGCAGUUGGCUGCGAAAAUGAAAGACUGUCUGUCAAACGGGAGUGUGAAGAUACUGAUUCUGGAAGAAGGAGACGGCCCCCUAGUAUCUCCGGAUUCGCAAGUACUAUUGCACUAUGCUGCGUAUUAUGAAAGAUCUGAAGUGCCUUUCGAUACGUCACUCACAAGUAUAUCAGGAAACUCCGCCGCAUUACCCCGUCGGUACCGAAUGGGAAUAGGGGAAAUCCUAACCGGUUUGGAAGUUGGUCUUCUCAACGUAAAGGGCCCGAAGGCCAGAUUCCACCUGCUUCUACAACCAGAUGUAACGUGGGGUAACUUGGGCGUACUGCCACGUAUACAGCCGAAGCCAGUCCUGUUUGUUGUAUGUCUAUAUGACGUUAGACUUGAAGCGGCUGCUGCUAGAUUCAAUGACCUCCCAAGUUCGGAGCAAAUGAAAUUCGAAACAACAGUAACUACUAUAAAGGACAUACGCGCAGUCGCCAAAGACCUAUUCACAAGAAAAAAAUAUUCACAAGCUAUCAGAAAUUAUGAACACGGCAUCUCUAUAUUAUCUGUGUGCCAACCACAGACUGAAGAGGAAUUAAAAGAGGUCAACGACCUUAAAGUAGCCAUCUUUGUCAACCUGGCUACUUGCUAUUACAAAACGAAUAGACCAAAACAUAUUUUAGGCGUUUGCAAGCAUAUUAAUAGAAUUAUCGAUAUAAAUACUCAUUGCAAAGCUUUGUUUUAUUACGGUAGGGCUUAUGAAUUUCAAGGUAAAUUUCAGGAGGCUAUUUCUUAUUAUAAAAAAGCGCUUCAAAUAGAACCGAAAAAUAAAGAGAUAGGGAAGGCUUUAGCCGAGUUAGAUGCUAGGCUUAAAAAAGCAGAAGUUGAUGAAAAAGCCAUGUGGCGUAAGGCUCUAAGUCAGGACGCAGAAAUACCUGUGCCUGUAGAGGAAAAAAUUAAAAAAGUAUGCUACGUUGUCGAUGAAGACUUUAGGAAGGGCGUCUUUGACAUGUGUCAAGAUUUGGCGGGAAGAAAGGAUUAUGCUAAAUUCGAUUUGCCGCCGGGUUUGACGAAAGAUGAAGUAGUUUGUAUUAAAGAUUUAACGAGCGAGUUCGAAGGUUUGACUGUUAUGGAAGAUGGCGAGGGCAAACGGAAAAAGGUUUCGAUUGUAAAGCAAAAUCUGUAA